UCACUUCACUGUUUGCUCGUUCGCGCGUCAAUUGACUCUCAGUUAUUAAACCGAUUUCAAGAACAACGGACGCUCCACUCGGCCCUUGCUAGUGGCAUGUGCUACAAUUAAGUAACGGGCAGAGACUUUUGACAAAAUAGAAUAUUCCAAACCAAAAACAACAAUGAAAAACCACAAACUUGUUGGGACAAAUAUGUAUACUUAACAAGAAAUGAAUAAAAAGACAUCCGAGCAACACAUAUACCCACACAAGAAACUACAGCAUACCAGUUGGAGGAACUGGGCUAUUUUAUAACUCGCCAAACCCUUUGUUCAAUACAACGACGACAGCAAAACUUACCAAAAGCUAGAAAAUCGGACCCGCUAAAGUCAUCAUCAGCAAAUUGCACCGGUAUUUUCCAAAAAUCUUUAAAUAGCACCACCCAUAUGAUUGAAGUGCAAGCCCUAAUAAACUUUUAUUAAUGAAAAAGUUUUAAGAAAGUGUCGUCGGGUUGCCAAAUCACAGAGAAUCGACGUAAAUGCAACACCAAGAAAAGAAAAAGCAAAACCUUUUUGGUACACGUUCACCCAUUGCUAAAUAAAAGCCGACGACAAAAGACACAACACACAUCUGUAUAUAAUUUAAUAUUCAAACAUGCCUUGUAAAUACAACAUAAAUAUUUAGGAUCUAGGCAACUACGCUUAUUACGACAACUAAAAGCAAGAGAAACACACCUUUUCGAAUUUCAAAUUAACACGAUUCUCAUUCUAGUCGAGAAACUUUAACAAUUACAGAUAUAUUUUUCACACGGUGAAACACUAAAACAUUAACUAAACAACAAUACCAACCUCCCCCACCAACAAGAAAAAACCAAGCAAAAAAAUAAAAAAAGGAGAAACCCAAAAAAAAUAAAAAAAGGAACAGAACUGAAGGGUACGAAACCAUCAAGCCACAGCAGUAACCAAGUAUUCCAAAUUACCAUCAAUGUGCGGAUGAUCUGCAAAGAGCCUUAAUAAACAGGACUCAUCGCUAGAAAACCACCUGAAGUCGCAGCUCAAGCUGCGCCCUCACCCAUAACGGCCACCGAUCCAGAGACGGAUCAGCAGACGUAACCGGUAUCAAACCAGGUCGGAGUCCCAGAUCCCGAACGUGGGCAGAGAACGCAGUGAAGGCCACGCCAAAAUGCAUAUUGAAAUCCAGGUCGCCCUAAACUUUGUCAUUUCCUAUCUCUAUAACAAGUUGCCGCGUAGACGUGUCAACAUAUUCGGCGAGGAGCUGGAAAAGGCAUUGCGGGACAAGUUCCAGGGCCACUGGUAUCCGGAGAAGCCUUUCAAGGGCUCCGCCUACCGCUGCCUGAAGACCGGCGAUCCCAUCGAUUCGGUGCUGGAACGAGCGGCGAGGGAGAGCGGAGUGCCGAUCGGCGAUAUCCUGGAGAACCUGCCCAAUGAGCUGUCUGUCUGGGUGGAUCCCGGGGAGGUUUCCUUUCGCAUUGGAGAAAAGGGAGCCGUGAAGAUACUUUACACGGAGAACAAUGAGAACCACGAGGAUAGUCACUCUGCGGACCGAGAGGUCACGAAGAUGUUUAAUCCGGAGGCCCAAUGCUUUCGUCCCAUCGACGCGGUGAACACGACCAUGAACAACCUGAGCCUGAGUCCCAAGAACCUUCCCCUGGCGCUGCCCCAAGCGGGAUCAGGAUCCUCGCCGCAUUCGGCUGCCUCCAGCUCGCCCACCUACAAGGGCAGUCCGAACCCCACGAUCUCUGGCAGCUGCAGCUCGGGCUCUGGAGCGGGCUCCGGGUCGAACCUGGGGCCUGGACCCGGUCCGGGAACCGCUCCCGUUCCGGUACCGGGAAAUAGUGCCACCGCCAACGCCUCCGGCGGGGCAUUUAUGCAGCGUGGCGCCCAAACUCCAUUAACUUUUACCACGGCUACCUUCGCGCAGACUAAAUUCGGCAGUACCAAGCUGAAGACCAGCUCCAAGCGCACAAACAGCAGUGCCUACCGCAUGUCGCCCACUGAGUUCUCCAACUACAUCAAGCAGCGCGCGAUGCAGCAGCAGAUGCACCACGGCCACGGAGUCGUCCCGUCUGCGGGCUCAUCGGUGUCGGCCUUCGGCGGCCUGGAAGCCGUGUCGCCCGCCCGCUCCCUCUCACCUAAUCCCCUGUCCUUGGGUGGAGGCCCAUCCGGCGCCGCCGUCGGUACACCUGCCGCCGACCCGUUCUACUACCCGAAUAUGGCAAUCGGCCUGUACCCGCCGUUCGGCAAUCCGCGGAACCUCUUUGAGCCGCACUUCAACGCGGAUGCCAGCUUGGGGCUCUUCGUCAGCGGCACCGGGAGUACAGGAGCCAACAAGUACAGUACAUACCUGGAGCCGUGCUACUUCGGCGCCGGCCACCCCGGUAGUCAGCAUCAGCAGGGCAGAGGAGCAUCCGGCCCGGACCGCCCCAACAGGAGCGACAGCUGCUUCGGACUGAACGUGGAGUGCGGCGUGGGCCUGGUGGAGGAGACCUCUCCGUCGGUAGCCCUGGCCAUUACCGGGGACUCUUCGGCUGACAACAGCCCCCUCAGCACUCCCACCGUGGGCGUGGUGCCCCCUCUGCCGGCAGCGGCGUCCAGCCCCUCGACCGCUGGUGCCGCCACCGGAGCCGCCUCCACCACCAGUAGCCACCAGCCGCAGCAGCCCGCUGCUCAGGAUUCGUCCCCAGGGAACAGCAACAGCAAGCUAAUUGACGGCAUAAGCUCCUUCUACGGCUCCGGAUCGUCGUACCAGCAGCUGUUGGUCGCCAACUAGAGUUCCCCUCUUAAGUGGGUGGAGUGGAGUGGAGUGGAGUGGAGUGGGUGGGU